CUUUGACCUUUUCAGUACAUAUCCAGGUUCACGGCUAGGUCAACAUAACCUGAAAGAAGAUAACUUGGAACUCCAUCUUUGUAUUCAAGUGGAUGAAAGAAAAAUUUAUCAGAAUUUUAUGUGAAUAAUCGAUAGAUCUACAGAGAACCCUACUAAGAUAAACACUUACGGACAGCUCCCAUGGCAACACCAAAGAAACAAAUGGCAUCACAGAAGAAGUUGACAAUAACUUUCUCCCUGCCUCCUACUGCUACUGUGAAGAAGGAACCUUCCCUUCCUGAUCCAACUGAAAUAGUUAUGCAGGAGGACCAGAUGUCAGAUUCAGAAAUAGUUUAUAACGUGGAUGAGAUAUCAGACGAAGACCUCAUUAGCCUUUCUGUGAGAGAACUCAAUAGGGUGCUCAAGAACCUCAACAGAGAGGAUGUGGCACGUCUCAAACAACGUCGACGUACACUUAAAAACCGUGGAUAUGCGGCAAAUUGUCGUGAAAAAAGAAUGUCACAGCGUGAGGAACUUGAACUUGAAAAGUCUGCACUUUUAGAGGAAAUCGAGCGGUUACAAACUGAGAAUCAAAUUGUGAAAAUGGAACUCCAAGCUUUAAAGUCAAAAUAUCUUUCCCUCGAACAAUACUCAGACUCAAAUGGAGUCCGAAAACUUAUUUGCAUUAAAAAAGAGCCAUACGAUGAUAGCUCGAAGGAAUGACUCAUGAAAUGAAAUUUCACUGCAGUUUAAAUAUGUCAAAUAAUUUUUGUGGCAAAUUACAGGAGGACUCAUCCCAGAAAUCCCAGUGUGACCUUUCAACCUUAACAACGUAGAACGAUCCACCAGGACAAUUUAUCACAACAAAAUGAUAACUGUACUCCCAGUUCAUUUUGCAAAUUUUAAUUUCGUAAACUUUGAGAAAUCACAAUUUUGCGGCUGUUACAUUUCACGGAUUUCACAAGUUUGAUUUUAAUUUUUCUCUGAAUCUUCAAGCUCACUUUUUGGAUUUGACUUACAUUUGCUAGAUUUUGGUCAAAUUUGGUUUUCAAAUUUUCCAAAUCCUUUUAAUUGGCAUAUUUACCACAAUCGCGGAUUGUGCGAAAUUAAAUUGCGCGUAAAAAUACUGGGAGUACAGUAUAUAUGCCUGUACCUCUUAUGUGC